AUGUCCGAGGGGCUGCGGAGUAGGAACCAAGGCGUAAGCUCAGAAGGAGACCAGAGCGGCAGAAGGCAGACUGACGCGAAGACAGGGGAGCAGGCAAGCAUGGAGCGGGAAACUGCUGCGCAGCCUUCUACCUCAGGAGGGGCGGGUUUUGAGCAAGGGGAGUGGAGCGAAAGGACAGCCAGUGCAAAUGGGGAGGGAGGGAGUUUUGAGUGCAACAUCUGUCUGGAGCUUGCGCAGGAUCCGGUCGUCACGUUGUGUGGCCACUUGUUCUGCUGGCCCUGCUUGUAUAGGUGGUUGCGAUUGCACUCUCAAUGCAAGGAGUGUCCGGUGUGCAAGGCAGGUGUCAGCGAGAAGAAUGUGAUCCCUUUGUACGGCCGUGGGACCUCAGGUGAAGAUCCACGGACUAAGCCCGUGUCAGGGCCUGAGAUUCCUCGACGUCCCGCAGGCCAGCGACCAGAGUCCCAAAGGGCACCGCAGAUGGGGCCGUUUGGGUUUAUGGCAGGCCCUUCCGCUCAGUUUGGGAACUUUACACUUUCAGCAGGGUUCGGUCUCUUCCCCUCACUCCUGGGGCUGCAAUGGCAGGCGUAUACGGGAGACCCCAUGCCAGCAGGGUUUGCCGCUCCAGAUGAUGGGACUGGGGUCGCCCCGGUCCCAAGGGCAGCGCUGACGCCCGAACAACAGCAGCAAGCGUUUUUGUCGCGAUUGCUCGUUAUGCUCGGGUCGUUUGUCCUCCUCUGCUUGCUGUUCUUCUAA